CCACCUCAGAAUGACGUACGAAACGAUUUCGGUUCGGAUGAACCGAUCUGACAGAAAUAUCCGCUGGGGGUUCUCUGUUCGACAACAAGCUGAUGGAUUAAUUAUUGAUCGGGUUGAAGCCGAAUCCCUAUCAGACAAAGCCGGAGUAAAACACAAUGACAAAGUUGAUCAGAUCAAUGGGCGAUCAACACGUGGAUUGGAUGCAGCUUCAGCUAAUCGACUAAUUGAUGACUCUUUCAACGAGGUCCGACUUUCUCUUCAAAGGUUCGUCACUUCUCACACAACUCUUCCAUGGACUCUGAAUGAGAAAGACAACAAAAUGGUUGUGGAGGAGAUGAAGCCAGGAUUCGGAACUGGAUUUGGAUCAGGAUUCGGAUCAUCAAACUUUGUAAAUUCUUCCUUUAACCAAAAUCAAAACAACUUUGGUUCUCACUUUGGCACCGGCUCUGGAGUCAAUCAACGUAAUAUCACAAACACAAACACAAGCAGCAGUAACCAUCAAAGCUCAACAUUCCACUCGUCCUCCCACCAAUCAUCUGGAAACUACGGUAGCGGCGGCUUCUCUCCAUCAUCCCACCACAACAUCCCAAUCCGUCAUUCUCCAGCUCCACCAUUCACCACCUCGAACUCAUCUUACAAUAACAUCAAAAAGUCAACAGAUAACACUAUCCUGCCGGGAAGUGCAAAUUAUAAUCCAAAUAAUUCAUCGAAUUACAACUCUGUUCCAACUGGAUUUGGAGCAUCAUCUGGUGGAUAUGGAGGAUCCGGUGGAUUCAAGGGACAUUCCAAUGGAAGUGCCAUUCCUGCUCAAGCACCACCAACUUCUUAUAGUUACAACAAUGGCGCCACGUCUCAACCAUACGGUGCGGGAUCCGGAGGAACACCAUUGAACCAGAUGACAUUCAUCAACACCUCUCCAGCUCCAGGAGCCAACGGAGCUUACGGAGCUCAAUGCGGACUUUCUCCAUCGAAAGUCUUUUACCAUUCUCCAUCAGGACGUAGCCGAAAUGAGCUGUCACCCGGUGCGGCGGUUCACCAUUUGCAAUACAACUCGCCAAUGAAUCUUUAUUCCUCUGAAGCCACCGCCGAGCAACUCUACCAACAAACUGGAGCGGUGCCUGAAGGGCCUGUGCCACACGAUAAGUCACCAGCCUAUUUGACAUCUGAGACAAGAAAGUUGAUUGAAGAAGAAGCUCGUGGCCGAUUCCAACGUGGAAAGUCGCCAUCCAGUCAAUCGUCAUGCUUCAAACGAAUUAGUCACGCUGUUGGAGCAGAUCACUAAUUGCAUUUCGAAUGAUAUUUUGCCAUAUUUUCAAAAUCGCUAGAUUUUUGAUUUUAUUCCUCUGCCUUUUAUAUGAUUUAUUUGUGCGAUCCUUGCCCCUUUUUUGCAAUUCUGUUUGGUACAAUCUUUGAAACAUCUGGAGUAUUUACUUUUUUAAAAGCGUAAUGAGAUUUAUUUUUCAAAUAAAGCUAUUGAACUAUUUCUUAAUUAC